GGGAUCUUUAACUGUGCUUUCCACUGGGCCUCCCUGCCUCAGCCCACCACAUCCACACUCGCAGCAGUCACCACACACACUUCCCUCCGCAGACAUAUGGAGUACUACUACGUCCUUCUGCUUUGGAUUUGCAGCCAGCAGUUCGUAUUCCAUGACUGCUUCAACAUUGACACGAGAAAACACAGGAUCAUCAAAGGUCCCAAACACGCCCAGUUUGGAUACACGGUUCAACAACAUGUGGCUGCCGGAGGAGAGAAAUGGAUACUAGUUGGCGCUCCGUAUGAAAUGAACGGACCCUACCAGACGGGGGACAUAUAUAAAUGCUCCCUAAGCAAACGAAUCAAUGGCAAUGGCUGCUCAAAACUGAACUUAGGAAGGAUCUCACUGACCAACGUAUCUGAGCGGAAGGACAAGAUGCGGCUCGGAAUGACGCUCACUUCAAACCCUAACGACAACAGUUUUGUGGCCUGCGGUCCUCUGUGGUCCUACGAAUGUGGCAGCUCUUACUACAGCACUGGCAUAUGCUCCAGAGUCAACGCAAGCUUUAAGUUUUCCAGAACCAUCGCACCGGCCUUUCAGAGGUGUGAGACCUACAUGGACAUAGUGAUCGUGCUGGACGGUUCAAACUCAAUCUACCCCUGGUAUGAAGUGCAGGCGUUCCUCAUCAACAUCCUUCAGAAGUUCCACAUCGGUCCAGGUCAAAUCCAGGUCGGAGUUGUCCAGUACGGAGAGAAAGUUGUCCACGAGUUUAAACUCAGCGACUACAAAUCAGUGGAAGAAGUGGUGAAGAGAGCUCGAAGUAUUCACCAGCGGGGAGGCGAGGAGACCAACACAGCACUUGGCAUCAACAUCGCACGCUCUGAAGCUUUUAAACAAGGAGGUCGUCGCGGAGCUAAGAAAGUGAUGAUAGUGAUCACUGAUGGAGAGUCGCAUGACAGUCCGGAUCUCCAGCAGGCCAUUGAAGAAAGUGAGAAGGAUGGAAUCACCCGUUACGCUAUUGCUGUCCUUGGCUACUACAACAGAAGAGGAAUCAAUCCUGAGGCCUUUCUCAAUGAAAUCAAAUACAUCGCCAGUGACCCGGAUGACAAGCACUUCUUCAACGUGACGGACGAGGCUGCGCUGAAAGACAUCGUGGAUGCGCUCGGAGAACGCAUCUUUAGUUUGGAAGGGACCAGUAAGAACGGGACGGCGUUUGGCCUCCAGAUGUCCCAGGCUGGAUUUUCUUCACACAACGUGGAGGAUGGUAUUCUGGUGGGUGCUGUUGGGGCUUAUGACUGGAAUGGAGCUGUGCUAAAGGAAACACGCCAGGGAAAGGUUGUCCCUCCCAAGUCUUCUUAUGCCCAAGAAUUCCCAGAAGAACUCAAGAACCACGGUGCUUACUUGGGUUACACUGUGACAUCGGUGGUGUCGUCCCGAAAUGGCCGUCUGCUGGUGGCUGGAGCGCCACGCUUUAACCACACUGGCAAAGUCAUCAUCUUUACUUUGAAGAAUUCUGGAAAUCUCACCAUACUACAUUCCCUCAAAGGCCAUCAGAUUGGCUCCUACUACGGCAGUGAGAUCGCACCCCUGGAUAUCGAUGGAGACGGAGUGACUGAUAACCUUCUGGUUGCAGCGCCGAUGUUCUUCAGCGGGGGCUUAGAGAAGGGGAAAGUUUACAUCUACAGAGUCACGGAGCUGAAUCGUUUCAUCCUUGAAGGUUCAUUGGAGAUCCACAACGGCGGGCAGAACGCUCGCUUCGGUUCGUCUCUGGCUCCUGUUCCUGACCUAAAUGGUGACAGCUUCAAUGACCUGGUGGUGGGAGCGCCCCUAGAGGACGAACACAAGGGAGCCAUUUAUGUUUUCUUCAGUCAACACAACAGGAUUCUGCGCAAAUACAAGCAGAGGAUUGCAGCAGCAGAUUUAGCACCUGGCUUACAGUAUUUUGGCCGCAGCAUCCACGGCAUGAUGGACAUGAAUAACGACGGUCUGGUGGACUUGGCUGUGGGUUCUCUCGGUGCUGCUGUUCUUCUGUGGUCUCAGAGUGUCAUCCGCAUAUACACCAGCGUCAGGUUCGAGCCCAGCAAAGUCAACAUCUUUGUGAAAGACUGUCAGAGAGGUGGCAAAGACGUGACCUGCAUGUCAGCUAUCGUGUGUUUCAACAUCACCGCCAGGACUGCCAUCUCUGCCACACAGGAAAUUGGGAUCAAAUACAACGUCUCCAUUUUGGAACGACGCUUCAAUCCUCGUGCGGCACUGGAUAACCCGAGUGACAUGCAGGUUCACAACGCCACUCUUCUUCCUGGAGAGGAGACUUGUAGGCACAUCUACUUUCAUGUUAUGGAGACGUCAGACUACGCACGGCCCAUUGUGUUUGCUGUCCAGGUGGGUCUGCAGGAGUCUGAAAAUGCACCGGUUCUGGAUGACAUCUGGCCAACAUUAGUCAAAACUGAGCUGCCCUUUUGGAAUGGCUGUGACGAGGACGACCGUUGUAUUCCUGACUUGGCACUGCAGAGUACCACUGACCUGAUGACUCGAAGUCAGUUCUGCUCUCAGCCUGUACAAGCUAGCAGUGCAUUCUGCAGCCACGUCAGUCAUGUAGCAGCAGAGAGGGCGCUACGGGUUUUGGAGGGCAGCAGAAGUAAGGUGGUGGUGGAUGUACGUUUGGAGAAUAAAGGAGAAAAUGCUUACGAUGCCCAGCUCAACAUCUCCUAUUCACCGAAUCUUCACUUCUCAAGUCUCAUAUUGAAGGGGGUCUCUGACGUGAAGAUCGAGUGUUACAUCGAGGACAAGCUGAGGAACGAGAAGAUUUGCAAUGUCAGUGCUCCAUUCAUGAAGGCCAGAGCCCAGGUUUCGUUUCGUCUGGAGUUUGAAUUCAGCCGCACAGUGGUCAUGGAUUCUGUUCGAAUCCUUCUGGAGGCCAGCAGCGAUGGGGAGGAAGUGAGCACGGCUGAUAACGUCAACGACCUUUAUUACUUGCUGAAGUACGAGGCGGACCUCCUCUUCACCAGGAAUUCCGAUCCAUCCCGAUAUGAUAUAAAAUCUGAGCUGUCGCUGGAGGAGCCGGGGAUCAUCGGCCCACCUUUUAAUUUCACUUUCCAAAUCCAGAAUCUUGGCUAUUUCCCAGUCAGGGAUCUCCAGCUGAACAUUGAGAUCCCAGAGAUGACUAAAAAUGGGAACCAACUGUUUCAGAUAUCGGAGUUUCACAUUGACCAGAGAGAUGGAACAACGUGUUUGCCACCGCAGCAUGUGGCUCAAAGUCGAGCAUCACCAGAGGACCUGUCACGCUUCUCACGCUUGAACCGCUCCAACACACUGACCCUGCCUUUGCAAUGCACAGUGAACGUGGCUUCCUACCGAGAAAUCUCAGUCAGGAUCACAGGAACUCUGCGGAUAAACACGUUACACGCACUGAAGUUUAAAAUCCUGGAAGUGGUGACCAGCGCGUCAGUGGAGCUGCCAGCCUCCAGCCACAUGUUCCUACACGAACAGAGGCCCGUCCGACAUAUAAUACUGGAGAUCAGGAAAGAAGGUGAUUACAGAAUUCCUACCUGGAUUAUUCUUGGGAGCACGCUGGGAGGGCUUCUACUUUUAGCACUUCUUAGUCUGGCCCUGUGGAAGCUUGGCUUCUUCCAGCGACAGAAACGGCGAGACGAAGGCGAGCAGGAGCCGAACGGAAAAGUGGCAGAAGAGCGGUAACGCAGGCUGAGGGCCCCCAGCAGACCACUUCUCCACAGGGGACCCCACUCUCAGGGACUAACCCACCUCCCCUUUCCUUCUCCACGAAAACCAUAAGACGGUUCAGGCCUGGUGGCUGAAGAAGGCUUGUUCGGUGCACUAAAUCGGUCGGCCCACUGUGGACCCCGGACCCCAGAGACUUGGCACUGACAUCCUCAUUUCUCACCCCUGCACUGUUGGAGCCUCUGCGCUCUGCAUGUUGUCCUCUACACAUCAAAGAACUCCUCUGAUGUUCUUGGUCCGAUCUGCUCGGCGAGCUUCAGGGACUCGCUCUCCCAUUUUUGAUUGUAUAUUUAUUUAACUUUCACGGCUUUAACCUCAAGGGCCGCUGCUGCCCCACAAUCCAUUAAAAGCAAUGUAUAAAUAUUUUAUUGUAUAUUGAAUUCAGAGAUUCUACUUGGCUAGUAACUUGGCAGAAUAAUUUAUGACGACAAACCCAAACACCAUAUAUAAUGUUCUCCUCCCUCAUUUUACCCCUUUUUAUACGCGCAUGUCCAUUUUGGUAAACCAUUUGGAUUAGUGUUAGAUGUUUGAUGCACUUUUAUUUUGUAAUUUUGUAACUUAAAUUUGUAAAUAAGUGCCUUUUUAUAGCCAUUAAAAUGUAUUAGUUUUUAGUACUAUACAGCAGCUGGAAGGAAAAAGGUUGCUGCAAAUUUGUAAAGAGUCAUUGUGCCUUUCCAGGUGUUCACAAUGAAUGUGCGACUGUUUGCUCUGAUGAGGUGUGAGAGAUGUAAAACACCUGAAAAUAAAACAUUCUAGA